GUGCAGCAAAGGGGCGGGGAGCCGCCGGAGCGCAGCAGAGAAGAGACACAACCUACCCACAUGCUUAUUGUGUUAAUCUUUAAAAAGCAAUUAGCCGCAGCAUCAUCCAAUCCUCCGCCUCCCUCCUCUGGCUGUUUGAAAUACAUCGUUUUUGGGAAAUAAACUGGUUUCAUUCAGCUCAAGAUAAGUGCAGUGAACGGGCUCCCCCUCUUUCCCCUCCCCCGGGCAGGCAUCCUCCUCCUUCCACCAUGACUGACAGGAAAGCUGUGAUCAAGAACGCCGACAUGUCCGAAGACAUGCAGCAGGACGCGGUGGACUGUGCCACGCAGGCCAUGGAGAAGUACAACAUAGAGAAGGACAUAGCUGCCUACAUCAAGAAGGAGUUUGACAAGAAGUAUAACCCCACCUGGCACUGCAUCGUCGGGAGGAACUUCGGCAGCUACGUCACACACGAGACAAAGCAUUUCAUUUACUUCUACUUGGGCCAAGUGGCCAUCUUGCUCUUCAAGUCCGGCUGAGGAGUCUGUGAUGGGUGUUGAGGAGUUUCGUCUCCCUGAACCGAAAUGGGAAAAUGCACUGGUGGCUGAUGUCUCCCAUUCACUAAUAACGACAUACCAUAAUGAUGCAAAACCGGUCGUGCGCAAUUGCAUGGACUACACACUAUUUAAUAUGUAUGUUACAGUAAGUUUACUUUUCAAUAGUUGCCGUUGGAAUGCAACUGGAGUAGUUUUUGUUAAUGCUGUUGAAUUCUAGUUUGUAAAUGAUUUCAUCGUGGCCCUCGAUUGUAUGAUAAAGGAAAGCUGUAGAAUGUAGUGGUGCAUCUGCUUUCCUUCACAAGUGGCAUCGCCAGACCCUCUAAUGAGACUCCAUCUGUCGGUUUAGAUGCUCAAAUUGUAAACCACGCGCCGUGCACCAGUUCAACGAUCCCAUUCGCAAGGCUGUAACGUGUGAUCGCGAAAAGAAGUAGAACCAUGGGGUGAAAUAGUCUUCACGUGGCGAGUUCACAGCCUUCCUUUGUUUCCCACGUAAACAAACAGCAUGGGUUCAGUUUAUUAAAGCUAUUUUGAUUAUUUAAAGGAAUUUAGUUGUCUGUACAUGCAAAUGCGAAACCUUUUUGUUUUCCAUUUGGAUUUAAAAUAAAGAUAUCCAACCGUUUUUUGACAAAGAUGUCACAACCGGAAAAAACCUUGACAUUUUGCACCCAAGCCAGUGCACACAGUUCUGUGGAUGUUAAGAUUUCACUGUGAGGGACAACAGAGCGAACGAAGCUCACACACACACACACACACUGCAGACCAUGAGCCAGUAACAACACUGCAGACCGGUCCGAAAACCCCUCCCACUCGCCUACCUAUAUUUCACUCUUGUAAUCCUGUGAUUCUGCAUGCAGUCGGAGGAUAGAAACCACAAUUUAUUUUACUGUCAUCAAACCCGAACAUAAGCUCACCAUGCAGUUAAACCCUUUAUUUGACUUUUGAGUAUAUAGACUUCGGCCUGAGCUUUAGGAAAGCGAUUUAGAGCAAGACCUGUGCAGUCGGCGCCUCCGAUGCUACCGACCCCCCCCCCCCCCCCCCCCCCCCCCCUGUGUGUUUCAGACGGUCGUGUCGUCAUGUGUGGCUCGUAAUACAAUCUUAAACUUUUUUUUUUGGUCUUUAACCUGCUAGAAAUGCAACUCAUUUAAGAGUACUUUCUACAGCAACUACAAGGAGACGUUUCUCUUGUCUGACCCACUGAUCGGCAUAAUUAGUUUAAGUGUUGGCAUCGUUUGGGAGGUCAGGUCGGAGAGAUGUAAAGGAGUGUGUGGAGUGAAGUUUUGUUGACAUCACAUAUUUUCUCUGCGUGUAAAGACAAUUUUUUCAGUUGCUAACUCUUAUGAUCCAACAAUGAGUAAUAUGUGUAUCUCAUACGUGUUAGCUCGGAUUGACAUCGAGGGAAGUCCUCAUUACCUGUCAAUGUGAACCGAUUUAGUAUUGUUUUCCUCUGGCAUGUAUUUUUGCUGUGUAUAUGUAGGAGCCGUUUCCAAUGCUGUUCAAUUUGCACAAAACGUGUGCCUGUCAUUGCUCUCAACUGUAACUGGCUUGAGUACAAUUGCACUUCAUUAGAGUUAAUCAGUGGGUUGCUACAGAACCAAAAUCGUAUAAACUCCAUAAAAAUAAAAAAAAAAGAUAAUUGUUGACUUAUUAAA